CGCAGAAUUAUGGGGCUGUCAUCGCGUCUAGCAGCAACCGCGCUCGGCCUAGCCAUAGUGCUAGGCUGGCUAACCGACCGCCACAGACUGAUCUGGCUGACGGUGCAGAACCACCCCAGCCGACUGCCGCAGCUCUCAGCUUUCGCCGACCACCAGGUCAUCCUGGCAGACCAGCUCCGCAACUGCGAGGACGUGCACCUGGACGAGCAGCGCGGGUUCGCCCUCCUAAGCUGCGACCCGGGCCGCGACACGUGGAACACCGUGAUGGGAACCUUCAUAAACGCGAGCAACCCAGGCACACUGUACUUAUACGACUACGCCUCAGCACAGAACAACCCCACAGCACCACACAAGCACCUCCACGCACUAACCCUCACCAACUUCCCAACCACAAAACGCAAAACUUUCCACCCACUCGGCCUAGCCUACAACAAGGAAACCAGCACCCUCUUCGUAGCAAACCACGCGCCCCCGGGCCCAAGCAUCGAGCUCUUCACCCUAAACCCCACACAACACACCCUAACCCACAAACAAAGCAUAACGCACCCGCUCCUCCACGGCCCGAACGCCCUCCUUGCCCUCUCCCCGCAGGAGCUGUACAUAACAAACGACCACCGCUGGCCCAGUGCCAAAUACCCCGUGCUUAACGCCCUGGAAACCUACACCGCGUACGCAGGCGGCACAGUGGUCCACGCCAACCUCGCGACAGGGGAAUAUAAAGUCGUGGCGCGCCUGCCGUUCGCGAACGGCAUCGCCGCGCUCAAUGCCUCGCAUCUCGCUGUUGCGUCUACUACCUCUCCCUCUGUCACUAUCUACCUAGUUACCGAGGGGCGAGGGCUGGAGAGGAGGCUGAGUAUUCGGACGCGCUUCCUGGUGGAUAAUCUCAGUGUUGAUGCGAAGGGGAGGCUGGUUAUGGCUGGGCAUCCUUUUUUUCCGGCUUUGGGUGAGCUGGCGAGGAGGAAUUAUAGGUUUGAGGGCCUGGGCGAUGGGGAAGGGGGGAGGCCGCGGGCGCCGAGCUGGGUGGCGGAGUGGGAUGGGAAUGUGGAUGGGGUGGUACGGGAUUUGUUUGUGGAUCGGGGGGGCGUGUAUGGGUGUAGUUCUGGUGCUGUGCGGGAUGUGAGUAGGGGGGUUGGGCUUGUGGUUGGGUUGUAUGAGCGGGGGAUUUUGGUAUGGAGAGAGUGA